AUGGACUUGGAGGAUGAGCUUGAGCUCUCCCCCAGGUUUGUGGCAGCGCUCUUGCGUGGCGGCACGGGAGUUGGAGUGCUGCAGCGUGCCCACGAUGAACUGACGCGCCGUGCUCACAAUAUGUGGUUGGAAACAGGUCGUAGUGACGACAAGGCAAACUGGGAGGAUGCGGAACGUACCUUAGUGCGUUGGCGGAGACAGCCUGAAACAGGAAGCGAGGGAACUCCAGGACUCGAUACCUUGAUGUGCGACUCGCCAAUGGAUGCAAUAGACGGAGGAUUUGCAAUGGACUUUGCAGCUAACCGUGAGGAGCUAGCAGAACUGUGCAUUACUUUGCAGGCUAACCUGCAUGCGGCCAAAGCUGCACUUCAGCAGGAGAAGUGUGCAGUGAGAGCCUUGCGCAAGGAUCUUCAAGCCGAGCGUGCUCGAAGUAAACGCUUCUCAUUCAAGUUGAUGGCUGCUGAGGCUCAGUUGUACAAAGAGACCUCUGCCCCAUGCAUGCAAGGCCAGCAAGGAAAUGCCGGGACUACUGCGCGCGGUAUUCCGGUCCUCAAGGCUCUUGACGGAUUGAAAGAUGCAUGGCAAGAAGCUGAGCACUAUUCCCUGACGCCCAGGGCUCGAGUUCGCAGGCGCUUGUACUCCAGCCCCACGCAAAGCUCUGGCAGUGACUGUGAAGCAUGCGAGAUCAGUUCCCCGGCAAGUGGGUGCCACACACCAUCAGCAUCUUGGUGGUAUGCUGAUGGCAAAGACUCAGAAGUUGGCGACCAGUUCGAUGUCUAUGCAGACGCGAGCCUCCAUCCCGAAUGCUCAGACUCCUGGUGGUUCUCUGAAGACAGCACGCAAGGUAGUGCAAGUGAAGAGAGUGAUGCAGAAGGCGAAGGUGGCGCGGGCCCAGGCUUUGCCAAGGGCGUGGGUGGUGCCAAUGGUGCAGGCUGUGAGUACAGAUUCGCUUUCAGCUCAAGCCCCGUGACAGACAACCAGGGCGCACAGAAAUUUCACAGGUUGGUUCAUGACAUCGUGAAGUUUGUGCCAAAAGCGCACGCCCGUGAUGUUAUGAAAGGACUUUCCGAUCUUCGGGAGGACGGCAAAGUUACCGGACCCCGGUACUACCCCUCGCUUUCUCAGACCCUCCGGAACACCCGUGGACGAGAACUGCUGCGUAUUGUUGAUACAGCUGUGCCGAAUCUACAGAGCGAGCAGGAGUUCUUAGUCAUUCUCAAGGCGUUAGCGCUGGAUGGCCAGUUCCGGAGAGCACUUCGCCUGAUGAGGGAGAUGAAAGAUUUGGGCCUCGAGUUAGACAUUGUCAAGUACAACUGGGUCCUCAGUGCCAUGGCCAAAGACAAACAGGUGGAGCGGGCCCUGGCGAUGUUGGAGGAGAUGAGAGAGGUGACGAUCAGUCCAGAUCUUCAAAGCUACAAUCAUUGCGCAGGCGCAUGCAAACCGAAGGAAUGGCAGGAGUCGCUCCACAUCCUGCGGACUCUCAUGCCAGCUGCUGGCGUUGAAGCUGAUGCCCAAAGUUUCGAGCAUGUGGCAGCUGCAUGUGAAGAAGCCCACGAGUGGCAGAGAUCUCUGUCUCUGUUUAUAGAGAUCGGUGAGCAGGGGCUUUUUGCCAGCUCUGUUGGCCACAACUAUGCUUUGUCAGCAUGUCGCCAAGGCAAACAGUGGAAGCAUGGGCUUGAGAUUAUGGACAUGAUGAAACAAAGGAGCUUUGAGCCGGACUUCCGUCUUAAGAUGGAUUUGGAGGCGCAGUCACGCGGAUUGGAGCGCGCCCCACCCCCGGAGCCAAGCAGCCGAUCCAUGCCCUCCCCUGACAAUGUUUGGCAGCGGAAGCAGCAAUUGCGCGAGCUGCGGGAGCAGGACAAGCGUAGGCAGGAGGAGCGGCGUCUCGAAGAGGAGCGGCAGAAGCGAUUGCGCGAUGCGCAUUCGACACCAAGUGCAGAGGCUCCGUUACCAGAGAAAACGAUUGAAAAGGAGAGCCCAGCCCAGGCUGCCCCGCAGCGAAAGGCUGAGCCUUCUGAAAGCCCUAAGCAGCAAGAUGCCAAAGCACCUCCUAAGCCUCAGACCGGCGGAGGAGAAGCCCAGGCCCAGAAGGCCCCGAAGGCCCAGGCCGCGGCCCAGGCCCAAUCGGGCAAGGAAGCUGCAGAAGCUGAAGCUUCUCGAGAAGAGAGGCGUCCGAAGGAGCGUGACCGGCGGGAAAGCCCAACCCCGCGCAGGGAUCCUAAAAGACCAAAGCUGCGGUCUCCUGGCUCCUACGUUCUCCCGGUUUUUGCGCAGCAUGAUCGGUCAAACCAUGCCGAGAGGCAAGCGCUGAUCAAAGUCAUUGCCCGUGUGCAAGAGGCAUCUGGUGCAAAGACUGAUGCCGAAUUUGAGGCGGAGUGUGCAGAAGUCACCGGCACUGUCCGAUUAUAUGCAUCGCACACACCUUGCAUCUCCUGCAUGGCAUGCUUCUGCCAAUUUCAGCGCUUGUUUCCCAAAGUCAAGCUAUGUGUCGACUUUGACGACUGGCGGGACACCCGCCGCAUGGUUGAGAUGGCUCGCAGAGAGGAGGAGCACAAGAAGCGCGGCUCUACCCCUCCAGAUUACGACUGCGCUGGCUUGUCUGACAUGUCGGACGAAGAAGAUUGUUUGGGGACAAUGCCGCAAGCCGGCUCAACAGCUUCAGCAGCUCCAUAA